AUGGUUGAGCAAAAUGGGAAAGAGGACCAGAUCAACCAUAAUGUCUAUUUCUUGGCAACAAUGCUUGAUCCUCAGUUUGGCCUGAACUGGGUUGAUCUAGAUGUAACCAACAAUGAGAGUCCAGAUUCAGUGAAGAAAUUCAGAGAGGAUCUGAAAAGAACACUUAUAGUCAGCCAAGGAAUUAUCAAUGUGUAUGUAAAUCGCUGGGUUCCACUAACAGUCUUUUCACUAAAUUGUGUCUCCCUACAGUCACAGAGCAUUGAGAAAAAAAGGGAUGCAGUUGUCUGCUGCCUCAUUGGCUACCUGGGUGAAAGACAAGAAGAUCUUUUCCAUGACUGCCAGGUAUGUCAGGACCACACAGACAAAACAAUGAAGGUGAUUGUGAAGCACAACAUCAUGGCUGAGGAGGAUCCAUCAGAUGUGUCUAUUGUGAUUGAGGGAAACACAGUGAUGGAAGGAUGUGGAAGUCGAACAAAGGCGUGUGUUCUGCUGAUGGGACUGAUAUAUGCCCUCAACCUUGAAUAUCCAAAGCAGCUGAAGAACACGUUUGAAACUUUUCAAAAACUUUUUUUGGAGCUUGACGGGGCGAAACUACUGAAGAAGGUCCACAGCCUCAAAAGUAAGCUCAUGCAAUAGACACACACACCAUUGCUCUGACUUCCCCAGAUUAACAGAAAAGGAACACUAGAAAGUGGCCGGCCUGAUCAAUACCACUGAAUGUAGCCUGAAGAAAUUUGAUCUCUUCCUCUAUACCCUCCUCUUCCCCUCACCCUUAGUUUGUUUUAAAGAUGUUGGUGUUCACUUGUUCUAUCCUUAUCUAGAUGUUUGAUACUGUACGUGCACAGGAACAAUGUUGUAGAGUUUCCGUGUGUGCUUUUGACUGUUAAAAUAGAAUAAGUGGCCUCUGAAAGUGUUACAGUAUUUGAAGCUGUAAGCUUAGCGAACAGGUUAAUUCCUUCAAAUAUUGUGUGAAGAAGUUGUAUUGCACUUUAUUCUGUGUUUGGAUCAUUGCUGCAUGUAAACAAGGCGGUUCAGUUAUUUGUUGUAUAAAUGCACCUGUACUGCAGAUUUGGUAAGUCACUGUUAUGUAAAGUUAAAGAGUUUGGAUACAAAAAAAUCCUCAUGUGACUGGACACCUCUAGGAGCUCUGAUCUUACUUAUUUCUUCUGCUCUCCUUU